CGCAACAACAUUGAAAAGGUGACACCAAACCCUAAUCUCAAAAACGUUUAAUUCUCUAUAUAAACAAAAUUUAUAGUUUAAGCAAAAGCCUCAGACGACGCAGCAACAUUGAAAAGGAGAGACCAAACCCUUAUCUCAAAAACGAUGGUGUUCUCUAGAGAUAUCGCUUCUCCUGCAUCAAUGUUCUCUACUUACGCAUCAAUGAUGGGAUACAUCAUGAUAAUCAAACCAAUGAUUAACACAAUGAUUCCACGUCCAGUUCAAAACUUCGUCGUCUCUUAUCUCAAGUCCUUCGUUGGCUCUCGUUCAUCGACUCUCACGCUUACCAUCAAUCAAUUUACCUCGAUGUAUUCUUACGAAGAGCUUUACGAAGCUGCUCAGGCUUAUCUCUCCACCAAGAUAAGUCCAAAUUCGGUCAGACUAAAUAUGGCUAGAGACCCUACGGAGAAGAAAGUCAAGUUACAUCUUUGUAAUGGAGAGGUUGUCUCCGAUGUCUUCAAUGGCGUUAAGCUGGAGUGGAGGUUUUUUACUAACGACAAGAAGAAUACUAUGGCUAAUGAUGUUGGUGGGCAAAGCUAUCAGGGAAACCAUCGUGGGGAAUAUUUCGAGCUGAGCUUCGACAAGAAACACAGAGACUUGGUCGUGAAUUCCUAUAUACCCUACGUGGAGAGCAAGGCAAAGGUAGUCAACAGCACAAGCAGGAUCCUCAAGAUGCAUUCCUACUCGCACAUGUGUCAAACAUGGCAAUCCGUGAACUUCGAGCACCCUUCAACAUUCAACACGAUGGCCAUGACCGAUGAUCUCAAGCGUUCUGUGAUAGAAGAUCUUGACAAGUUUGUCCGAAGAAAAGAUUUUUACAAAAGAGUUGGAAAAGCUUGGAAGAGGGGUUACUUGCUAUACGGUCCACCAGGGACCAGGAAGACUAGUUUGGUGGGAGCUAUGUCUAACUACCUCAAAUUCGAUAUCUAUGAUCUCCAGCUCGCAAGCGUUCAGGGAGACGCCGAUCUAAGAAGAUUACUUCUCGGCAUUAAGAACAGUUCGAUUCUUGUUGUAGAAGAUAUAGACUGCUCGGUGGAUUUGCCUACAAGGUUGCAACCUGCAACCAAAACGACCAAAAAGACCAAAAUGCUAGGUGCUUCCCAGGUAUCAACACCAUUGACGUUAUCAGGACUUUUAAAUUGCAUUGAUGGGUUAUGGUCAAGUUGUGGAAACGAACGCAUAAUAAUAUUCACGACUAACAACAAGGAGAAGCUCGAUCCAGCAUUGCUCAGACCAGGCCGUAUGGAUAUGCAUAUUUACAUGGGACAUUGUAGUUUUGAGGGAUUUAAGACAUUAGCGUCUAACUAUUUAGGCCUGUCUGACGAAAAUGAUGACACUCACCCUCUCUAUCCGGAUAUAAAGCAUUUGAUUGAUGGGCACGUGUUGACUCCAGCUCAAGUCGCUGAGGAACUAAUGAAGGAUGAAGAUGCUGAUGCGGCUCUUGAGGGUUUGGUUAAGGUUCUCAAGAGGAAGAGGUCAGAGCCAGAGAAGUGUGAUGAUGAAUCUAAGAUGAAAAAAAUUAAAGAGGGAGAGAAGAUAAUAGCCGACGUUGAUGAGACAUUGAGGGAAACAGCGUUGACUCCGGCUCAAGUUGCGGACGAGGAGGAACUAAUUGAUAGUGACUGGCUCUCGAGAUCGAGGUUGACAUUGGUUCCGUCAUCAGGAUUCCCAGUGUUAUAUAGAGGAAGAGGAAGAAGAGGUCAGGGGUUUAGUACUGGAAGAGGUCAGGGUUUUAGAGGAAUGCGGUGAUUGAAAAACGGUCUGGUUACGGUCCGAAAUAUGGUAACGGUUAGCUUUUGAUCAUGCCUAUAAAGAGGUAGAGGAAGGGAAUCACUCGGUAUUGAGGAGACCUGAUGAAGUUAGUUUUGCACAUGAGAUUUUUGAAUUAUCUAAUUUUCUAUACGGUUUUUUAAGCCAUACAUGGCGACAAGACAAAAUUACCAUGACG